CUAUUGUUGUUGUUGAUGUUUAUUCACAAAUCUGUUAUUCACGGUAUUUUUCAGAGCUAUUUGAAUUGUUCAAGUAUAGAUAUUACCGGUUUGCGAGACCCUCGACUUCAUGAAAGUACCAAGAUCUCCGCUCUCUAUAACCUUGGCAGAAUGUAUGCAGAUCAACAGAAAUAUCAGUUGGCUAUUGAGACCUAUAAUAAAGCUAUUCAAAGAGCACCCAGUUAUUAUGGAUUGCAAAGUAUUUACAAUAUGUUAGGAGAAGCUUACAUGAAAUCUGAUGAUGAGGCCAAAGCAGAAUUCUGGUACCAGGAAGCAUUGCGUGUGAAGCCUGACCAUUUACCAGCUCACAUCACAAUGGCUAAACUGCUGUCCAGAAGAAACCAACCAGAUAAAGCUGAAAAAUGGUACUUAAAAGCAAUGGCUCUUGAUUCCACGUACAAAACUGCUCACCAGCAUUACACCCAGUUUCUGGGUGAAUCUGGCCGGCAUGCAGACCCAGUUCUUAUCUACAAACAGGUGCUUGAAACAAAUAGUGAUGACUUUGAACAUGUCUUUAAUACAGCCAAUGCUAUGAGACAAUCUGGUAACUACACUGAAGCUGAAGAUUUUUACCAAAGGGCUGCACUGCUGAAUCCUCAAGUUGCUACAGCUCACAUGAACCUUGGUGCCAUCUUACAUCUCAAUGGUAAAUUAGAAGAAGCAGAGAAGAGCUACAAGGAGGCUUUACGACUGAAACCAAAUGAUGCCAUGACCAAAGAUAAUCUUGCUAAACUCCAAAAACUGAUGCAGAGUCAAGCAGCUAGAGUGGCUGGUAGGAGCUGACCAACAGCUACAGUGGUUGGUUGGGCUGGUCAGAAAAAAAAAACUGAAUACAGUUUCAAACUUUGAUUCAGUAGAAGUGAAAGUGUUCUGAAUAGAAUUGAAAGUAUUUGACUUUAUGGAAUCAAAGAAUCUGAAUAAUGUUGCAAUAUUUGAAUCUAUGAAAUUAAAAAGGCCUGAAUAUUGCUGCAAAUUUUGACAGAUCAAAACAGAAGGAUCUAGAUGACAAAUCACACACUAUGAUUGUCCAAAAGAGAGUGAGAUUUGGUCACAUUCUAAUGUGGCCAAAUGUAAAGAGACUGAAUAGUGACAGCAAGAAGAUGAACUGACUAUAAGAGAGCAAUAAAAGCAAUAUAGGUGAUAUUAGAAGAAAGAUGAUGAUAUAGGCUGACCUGAAGUAACAAUAUAAUAGCAAUGUUAUGUCAUAUAAAAUUAUGAUUGACCAUAGUCAUCAGAAUGACAAUAAUGAACUAAUCUCAACAUAUGAGUCAGAACGAGAAAAAGAAAACACAGACUGCAGACUGAUGAUUAUUAUAAAGAUGAGGAAAGCUAGAAUGACCCUUGUGGUUAAUUCGACAUAAUGAUAAUAGAAUAAAUGUUGGCAGUCAUGGCUCUUAUGGGCAGCAUAAGAAGCAUGACUACUCAUAAUGUUUUGAAAAGUGUAAUGAUAGAUUGACUGUGGUAGUUAAAUUGACAAUAAGAAAUUUCCUAGCCUGAUAAUUAAUAUGACAAUGACCAGCUGUACUAACCAUGAAUGUUGGAGUGUCAAGAACUUGGGGGAAGAAGACAAGGGGCAGUAGCAGGAAGGCAAGGGACUGAUGUAGGGGUUUCAAAACACCCUUUUCAUAAAAAAGCUGCUUUUCAUUUAUUCAAGACUCUAAUAUUAGGCUGCAUGCUGAUAAUUCAUUGACAAAAUGUAAUAUUUUUACUUACAUAUUGACUAAUUUUAAAUAUAGCCAGAUAAUGUUGCAAAUGAUGGAGUGACAGAAAUGGUAGUCUUGGACUAAAUGCCAUGCAGUUUUUAGUUUUGUUUCUCUUACACUCUGAGUUCUAAUCCUGCCAAAACUAACUUUGUUUUUCAUUCCUCCAGGGUCUAUAAAAUAGGUACCAGUCUUAAACUGGCACCAUUUCAGUCAAUGAUACACCCUCCUUAACAAAACUGUGGUCUUGUGCCAAUGUAAGAUUAUAUAAUAAUAUGUAAUAAAUUUAAAGAAAAAAGUUUACCAAA